GAAAAAAUGCUCCGUAAGGACAAGGAUACAAAUAUAGAAAAACAGGGUGAUCAUUUAUUGUCUAACGGCAAUUUUUCGUCAUAUUUUGAUAAGUUACUGGCAGUGGCUCAUCGUUGGUAAUUAAGACCCCCACGGACUGCGUAGGUAUUCUCCAGGUGCGUGCAAACCAGAUUUUAUAAAAUGUGACAAUAUGCUAAAGCGAAUUAUUUCAUUUAUAUUCGUUUAUUUAACCAGGUAUUAGAAAACAUCAACAACAAGAUUAGCAUACAAUGAAAACAAACUACGAAAAUAGUACGAGCGCAGCUUUUUUUGACAUGAAACAGUUUUUAUAGCCGUUCGCAUGCCGAAACGCUCGCUAGAAUUGUUCCGUCCUCCUUUCCUUCCGAAGUGUGAGAGUGAGACCCUUAAUAACGUAGUAUUUGUAUAUUCAUUGUGUUUCUAGUUGUUCCAGGGACUAGAGCAGUUUGCUGAAAUGUAAAUGCACUUAGGGUUUUCGUAUUGGUGUAGGGUUAACAGCCGAACCUGGUGAGAGUUGUGAGACUGAUAAACCUACCGGUUGUAUGAAGUACAAAUCCCUUAUUCAACCGGUUUGUUAGUGCGAAUUGAGACAUUUGGCGAAAGAGGUUGACUAGCCCUUUUAUCCUCGGUAGACUGUCGAUUAUGUCUUGAAUUUAUCGGGGCAUUGCACAUGGCUUCGAGAAAAUUUAGGUCCAUGAGCGACAGGAUAGAAUCAAUGUUCCUUCAGUUUCUACACUAUCAUAGGAUAGCUGGACACAACAAGCGAUGAAAGGGCGGAGGGCUUUUUUGGUCUGUAGAACCAUUGUCUUUUUCGCGGUUGGAAGAAGACUUUGGGGAGCCGGAUCUUGACUUGUAAGAUCGAUCGACUUCAUCGAUCUAUCUCGCUUGUCGUUACUGACUAAUUUGGCCCAAUGCGAAGAGCGAGCAUGGUUGACAAAUGAGGCGGACGACUCUUCAAACUGCCCUCGUCCAGAGGGUGCCCCAUUUAGGUAGUUAGGGAUCACUAGGAAAAAGCGUCAGUUCAGUUGAAUAGUUAGGAAAAAUAAAACUGUUGCAGACUUUAAAAGCAGAGAGAAUCCUAAUUGUCAUAUAAUACAUAAGCUUCAAGAAAAAGGUUUGCGUCGGAGAACUCCAAUCAAGUAGGGAGUAGCGAAUAGCUAGGAAAAUGUUAGGGAAUUUUGUUUGGGCACUGUGCGAUGUGGGGGCCCGUCGAGGGAUACAGGCAACUCUUCACCAUGACCCCUGCUUAGAGCAUACAGGGGACAUCACAUGAAUAUUGAUGAUAAUGAUAUAUUAUAAUUUUAAAUUACAUUUGGUAUUUACUGUUUCUAGGUACAUAUUUUACGAAUAUCAAUUUAUAGCUAAGAUGUGAUUGCACAUUUCUAAUUUUUACAUAUUUUACAGAACUGCUGUCCGAAAACUUUCAGGCUUCCUUUCAGAAUCAUAGCCCAAAUAUUUUUAUUAAGCUUUGGAGGGAGGACAAUCCCAAUUUCAGAACUGGCACUCCCGAGCGUAUUAAACGUGAUAUAAUGAGUAUUGAUGAUAAUGAUUUGUAUAGGCAGAAUGUUCUGCCUGGAUAGAUGGAUGGAUGUUGUCGGAUAAAUAUACAGGAUGGAUAGGAACAAUAGAAACAUGUUAAGAACGAUUAAAGUCCAGAUAUAUAGUAUGCAAUACAUGAAAACAGCAAUCAAACAUCAAAAAUUUUUAGGAUAAACCUUUGUUUCUAAACAUGUGGGACAUAUGUGGGAAACUAACAUUCCGAGGCCAAAAGUUAUACUUCUCCAAGUUCUUGAAGAUGAUCACAGGCUGGUACAUGCAUAAUGAACACCAAUUGAAUUGCCAAUUGAAAUAAUAAAGAGGACAAUAACUGUGGCAUGCUGGCGGGUUAUAGAUUUUCGAUUGUACAAAUGAACCCAGAAUUGUGGAACGACUUGAUUUUUCUUCAACUGAUUCAAUUAAUCUGCGCAGUGACGGUUGAGGUUUUCUAGGGGUUUCCCUCGCCCAAAUGCGAAUGCAGUCACCAAAAAACCAUAUUCCCCUAAUGAAUAGUAUAGAAAAUGAGAACCAUAGAUAUCCUAUUAAUGAUAUGUAAUUUUAGAUCACAUAGAUAUUAAAUAUAUUUAUAUAGUAAAA